CUUUGUCUUGGCUCGCUAGGGCCAGUAGGGGGUUCUUCAAUAGUCAAUUACAAUUAAAUCUACUUAAUACUACUUAGUUACUCAAAUAAGAACAGUUACCACUAGAUUUUGACUAGAUACACUCAACUCCAACUAUAGAUAUCCAUUGAAAUACGAAUAAUACUUUAAUAUUCAAUAAGCACAUAAUCAUAAUGACAUCGACUCUCAAAUAUUAUUAAUUCACAAUCGCUAGUACAUCAACUUAUAAAUAGAAAUACAUAUAAACACCAGUCCAGGAAGCGACUAUCCAACCUUCCUGGACCGGGAGCAGGACCUCACUAACUUACACACUCUCACAUAUUCAAAGAAGACUUUAAAAUCACUCAGUGCAAUACUAUUCACAUUCACAACAAGGGAAUAUAACAAUCAUACCAAAAUAUCAAAGUAACAUACAUUCAUUCUUGCCAUACCUCCCCCUGACAAUGACUAUAUCUUUACCUAGUAUCUUAUAGUUAUAUAGAUAGAAAUCUAUCUAUCUAGAUCUAAAUCAUAUAAUCUAGAUACUAUCUAGAAUUCUAGAUCUGUAUUAGUGUAUGACCUGAAGACCGAAGAUGAUCCUCAAGAUAAUAAUAUUAUUAAUAAGAUUUAUUUAAUAUUAUAUGGAUCUAAGUAGAUCUAGAUAUUAAUUUAUUAUAUAAAUAUAAAUCUAGAUUUCUAGAUAUCUGUAGUCUAUACACUCUAUCAGACUAUAGUCACUAUACGACUAUAGUGUACUAGAUAAUAGAUUCUAGAUCUAUGACUAUACUAUAGACUUUAUCAGAAAAAAAUGUUUUUUAUUUGAAGUCUACGAAGUUGUGCACUACUUUCCUUUGGUGUUUAGACAUUUUUCAUGUAACAGUCUGAUGUUAAAUAUUGUUUCUUCAGUGCUUCUACCUUCCCUGAAGCCUGCCUGUUCUUUGAGAAGGACCUAAGCUUUUUUCUUGAGUCUGUUGAGAAUUAUUUUUAGCAUUAUCAUGCUCUGUCCACCUUCUAUUAUAAGCACAUCUGCUUCUUUAAUCAGAAGAGUUUCAUUGUUGUUUUCAAUCACUAUAAUGCUAGCUUGUCUUAUGCUGAUAUAGUGCUUAUAGUGAUUCAUAUAUAUAUAUAUAUGCUUUUUUUGGGUAUUGCCAUCCUUCAGGCUACUGUGAUAUAUUGUAGGCCUACACUGCUCACUAAUCCAUUUUACUUUUUUGGUUGAACUGUAUUCUUCUGACUGCAAGGGAUUAACUUUAUUUUUCUUUUUCAAUUCUCUUUUUGCAUCACAUAAAUCUAGGAUAUCAUUUGUGACCCAUUAUUUCUUAAUGUACCCUUAUCGUUGUGUUGUCUAUUAGCUAUUAUAAUAAAUAAUAUAAAUGGACACGUCUGCAGAAUGGAAGACCCCCCAUCCCUAGACGACUCUUGUAUGGCCAACUAAGCGAAGGAAAGUGCUCACAAGGUGGUCAAAGAAAGCGCUUCAGGGACUCCCUCAAAGCUUCUCUGAAGGCGUUCAGCAUAGACCCAGCCACCUGGGAGACUGAGGCACAUGACAGAGCAUCAUGGCGUCGUGCUGUGAAAACUGGCGCACAGGUUGCUAGAGAACAAUGCUGGCAGAAGAAAAACGCCAGAGAAGAAAAGCAAUGCCAAUGACACUAGCUCCAGUGUGCAGCCGAACAUUCUGGGCUCACAUAGGUCUCACCAGCCACAUGAGGAGGCAUAAAAUCCCAGUGCAGAGCCCUCAGCCCCCUGGAUGACAAAGUGGUCAUCAUUGAACCACGAUGGACGAACUAUAUAUAUAAUAUAAAUAAUAUAUUCAUUACUUCUUAAGUCUCAUAUUAUUUAGUAAUCACCAAUAUUAUCUGUAUGGAUUUUUAAAUUAUUAAAUAUUAUAGUAUUAUAGAGUUAAAGAACAGUUACAGAACAUACUAAAAGUACCAUGACUGUUGGUUGGGAAACUUUAGAUGUUGGUGAAAAGGCUCUUGUGUAUAGCAAAAAUGGAAGAGUUCGAAUCGAAGAAGGACCUCAAAGGCUGUUUCUGUUUAGAGAAAAAUUUAAAAGGAUGCCAAGUUUUUCUGCAAGUCAAAAAGAAUUCUUAAAAAUUGUUUACAGGGAUGGCAGAGUCGAGCAUGUCAAAGGGCCUUGCAUAAGACAUGAAAAUUCCAUCCUUCACAUCUGUAUACAAGUCCAUAAUCUUAUUUCAUUGGAUGCAAAUGAAGCCUUGGUUGUUUAUAGUCAAAAUUUGGAAACUAAGCAUGUUCAAAGAAGAGUUCAAUUUGGACCAACUCUAUUUAUGCUUGGAGAAAAUGAUUGGCUUCAUGAGUUUAGUUGGCAUGGAACAGAUCCUGAAAAUAAAACAAGAAUGAUCAAAGACCAGAAUAAAUUUACAGUUCUUAAAAUUAUUCCAGACCAGUUUUAUUACAAUGUAGAUGAAGUACGUACAUCGGAUGAUGCUCUAUUGCGAAUCAAACUAAUGAUGUUUUAUGAAUUAGUAGACAUUGACAAAAUGUUAAAUUGUACCAAAGAUCCUAUGGCUGAUCUCAUAAAUUGUCUUUGUGCAGAUGUGGUUGCCUUCACUGCCAAAACAAGUUAUGAGGAGUUUAUUGAGACUGCUAGUGAGUUAAAUGACCUGAAAAAUUAUAAGCAGUUAAUGGAACGCUGCCCUUGCAUCGGCUACACUGUUUCAAAAGUUGUAUUUCGAGGAUAUUUUGCUCAUGAAAAACUUCAAAAGAUGCAUGAUAUGAUGAUCAAAAGAAGAACUGAGCUUCGGCUUCAGUUUGACAGGGAGGUUCAAGAACAAACAUUAAUAGACAAAAAGCUUCAAGCUGAUAUAGAUAGACUUGAACAAGAACAACAAAUUGAGCUUGAAAAUCUGCUACAUGUCCAGAAACUAGAAUUAACUGCGUUGCAGCACUCAAUGAGCUUGGAAAAAGAAAGUCAUGAGAAGCAUAUAGAGAAGAAGUUACAAGAAAGUAAAGCCAAACUUGAAGCAAAGAUUGUAUCAGAUAACUUGGACUUCAAACACUGGAAUAAACUGAAUCAGAUCCAUGUUGAUGUGAACAAGUUACUUGAGCAGCAAGCAGCCAGACCUCUCAAAGUGACCAGUAUAGCUGUGCAGGAUGGGGCAGCCUCAGUUCAUUUUCAUUAUAAUGACCCUCAGAGACACUAUUCAAAUAAUUAAUAUUUGUAACAAAGCCAUAAAGAGUACAGAAGAUCUCUGUAAAUAAAUUAGCCUGUGCCUCCUCUGACCUACUGGUUGAACCAUUUUUUGCUGGUUAACUUGGACUUAGGAUUUAGUUUAUCUGGAUUUUAAGUUGGUCAAAUGAUGAUCCUGUUCUGGGACAACGUUAAACUUCUACAUUUCAUUAAAUAUCUACCAAUUUGCCAUUGGAUUCAUUUCAAUGUGACUGUGAUUUUAAAAUUUAACAAUAUUUACCAUGGAUUAUCUGAAUUAAAUGUCUGCAAAAGCUAAUUUCUAGAUUAUAGCAAAAUCCAAUAUAAAUGAUGUCCUUUUUUUUAUAAUAUAAAAUUUGUGCUGUCUUAGUGUAGUAUCAUAGCUCCAAUUCACUAGCUAAAAAUUUUUUUAUAAAUUCUGUACUUGUAGUUGUAGAUUUUAAAAUUGUUUUCCUUUACAAGAAUUGAGGCUUUAAUUGUUCAGAUAUUAUACAAUAGCUUUCAAUUCUUUUAAAAACGUUUCUGCAUAUGCGUAUAAAUUCUUUAUAUGUCAAGUGAUAACCUUUUAUUUUAUUUAUGUUUUUUACAAACUUCUAUUUAACUCAUAUCUUUGUGGAAUCUUCUGGGUGGGCAAAACCUGGACAUGGAUCUCAAAAACAGCUCUAAUGAUUUUCCAAGAAAUUUGACAUUCUCUGUAUAUUGUUGGGAAAAGAAUUACUAGUUUGUUGGCCACACUGGGAAAACUCUAUAUUGAACAUUAUUAUUUUUCAAUGUAAACAAAAAAAAUAUGUUUAUCUUUGGCUUGAGGACAAGAAAAUACUUAUCUCAAACAUUCAAGAGUUGAAUAAAUGAAUGUUCAGGAACAUUUUGCCCAUCGCAUCAUCUUCUAAGUCUAGAUCUAAAAGCCUAUUAUUGGAAUGUUGUAAAAGUCUAGUAGAUCUAUAUAUGAGCUUCACUAGAAUUCUUCUUUGGUGGGGAGGGUGAGAAAUAAAAUAUUUCCCAUUUUUUAAAAUUUAGCAUUCAUUAGUUAUUAAGUGAAAAAUAAUUGAUCAAUAAGUUCUUUGAAGGAGGAAUUUUCUUUUAAAAAAAAAUAAUUUUAAUUUUGUUCUUGUUAAAUAUUUAUUUAUUUUCAUUAGAAUGCAUGUUAAACUACAUUUAAUGCCAUUACUUUUUUUUAUAAAUGGCAGUGUUUAAAAAUCCUUGAAAAGGUUCACACAACCAAACCAGUGUAAACAAUUGAUUAAAGUUUGAAUUUAUGACUUCAUAUGAUGAAUGUUUCCCAGGCAAAGUUAGUAAAGCAUGUUUAGAGACCCUUUAGGGUACUUCUUCAAUUCUGUUACUGACCUUGAAGAUGAAAUCGACUGUCAUAUAAAAUGCCUUUGUUGUUUUUUAAUGUUUUUAAAUCACUGUGCAACAUACAUAUCUAUAUACAUAUCUAUAUUGCUAUAAUUGAAUUGAAUGGGUGUCAAAAAUUUGCAUUGUAUUCUUAAGUGAAACAAACAAUAUGUCAAUGUAUUUACUUGACUAUUAUGUACACUCUAGUAUAGUAAAAAAUAUUACUUUUUUAACUAUUCAUAUAUGCUUUUUCUUUGUAUAUUAUUACUGCUACAUUUUGUCUUACAUUGAUAUUGAAUUUAUGAAGAAAGAUUUUUAACAAUGUACAAGCUGUUACACUAUGAUACCUCAAUUUUUUUAUUUGCAUAUUUUGUUUUCUAUACUGAUCUAUAAAGUCUUUACAAUAAUUGUGUUCUGUUUUUUGACUGCUCAACUGUUGUAAUAUUUGUAAAAAAUUUAAUUAUUUAUAUAUAGUAGGUCUGGACAUAAAAAGUCCUAGGUCUUAUAGGACGCAAAAAAAUAUAUCUAAACUGGGUAUUUAUAUUUAAUACUCCAUUUCUUAAUGUUAACAAGAACUACGUGCCUAGAAACAAAUUAACUCUUUAAAUGUUUUAUUUUCUUCUUUCUUUCUUUUUAUUGUAUUAUUCUUGUUUUGUGUUGAGCGCAUAAUUACAUUUAAUUAUGCAUUUUUUUGUGCACAAAUUUAUACAUAUUUUAUUGAUUAAAGAUUACAAAAUGAUAUCUUAUAAA